AUGUCGAGCGACCAGUCUGCUCAGCAGGAUCUCGAUCCCAAUCAGGGCGGAGACGCAACGAAGAAGACUUAUCACARGCAACCUACCGGUGAAGCAAAGAAGACUGCAGACAGUCAUGCCGCAGAAAACGAGUUAAAGCUAUAUGGCAGUUGCUUCUGCCCUUUCGUACACCGCGUCUGGAUCAGCCUGGAGCUCAAGGGUCUUCAGUACCAAUACAUCGAAGUCGAUGUUUAUCGCAAGCCAAAGCUUCUCCUGGACAUCAACCCCAGAGGUCUCGUGCCAGCGUUGCGUCAUGGGGAAUGGGGAUGCUACGAGAGUACUGUCCUGAUGGAAUACCUCGAGGAUCUCGAUGCAGGCCGAGCACUCCUUCCAGCAGACCCAAAGCUACGAGCACACUGCCGCCUCUGGUGUGAUCAUAUCAAUCGACACAUUAUCCCGGCGUUCUACAAGUACCUGCAAGCUCAGGAUGCCGAUAAUCAGGUCAAGUUUGCAGGCGAACUGAAGGGCCAUAUAUCAACGUUGGUAGAUGCUGCCGACAAGGAGGGCCCAUUCUUCCUAGGAAACGAGAUGGGCUUUGUGGAUGUACAGAUUGCUCCUUGGAUUGUUAGACUCGAAAAGGUUCUGAAGCCGUACAGAGGAUGGCCAGACGCAGAGCCUGGUAGCCGCUGGGCAAAAUGGGUUCAGGCCGUCACGCAGAGUGACCCCGUGCAAAAGACAACAAGCGACGAUGAGCUAUACCUCGACAGCUAUGAACGCUAUGCUGAGAACCGACCCAACACGUCUCAAGUCCGCGAAGCGAUCAACUCCGGAGGCGGAUUGCCUUGA